AUGGUUCCUUUCAAGGUGAGGAUGAAGGGGAUUCUGCUUCUGCUCUGCAUGAUCGUCACAUGCCAAGCUCAGAAAUGGAAACAGGAAGCCUCACGUUGGGACCCUAAAGAACACACCAAUGGCAGGACUUGUUCCAACCUGACCCAGGUACUGGACAACUGGAAAUAUGCCAUUAUUAACCAAGUUAAAGACCUGCUGAUCAAUGACCAUGCUUCUGUCCUGCCUGAAUACAACAGGAUCCAGCCUCUGUCAGAUGCUCUGGGAGAUCUCUACAGGCAGUUUAACACUCUGAAAGACGAGCUGGGGCGCCUCAGCUCAAAGUUUGACAGUGUCGAGGGUUUUGUGGACGACAUCAAGGAGGGCAGAUUCACUCUGCCUCAGCGGCCCGUGCAGAGGUUUCCCCCCAAUGUUGGUCUGAGGUCCCCACUGCGAGCACAGAUCAGGGCGCCUGUGAGGAGGCUUACCAAGGGCCCAACACUGAUCAGAGCGAGGAGGAGAGGGCCACAGAGACCCUAA